AUGUCCAACGACAUUGAACUUGAAGACUUUUCUAGCAGGAGGCGCACAACGUACUCGAACGAUGGAACUAUUAAUGUAGACUCGGUUGAUGAAACCUUUGCCGGUCAGCAAGACAGGGCAAUAGGUCUUUGGACUUGGAUUUCAGCAGCCUUCUUCAUCGUGUUUUCUACAAGCUUGACACUGUUUCCAAGGUUUCUCCUUUUCAUGACGGAACCGUCAGGGGGACGAAAUGUACUGUUGCCCCUUGAAUCCUUUCUCGCGGAACAACUAGGCAUUGUGAUGGGCGCAAUUGCACUCACUCUGGUAGUAACACACGAUGAACAUGUGAACUCCCAUCCCCUCCUCGUGCCUGUCACUUCUGCCUCAGUUCUUUUGGCAUUCCUUUCUUACAAUAAAAGUGAUGUCAGCUCUCUUGGCAAAUUCAUUUUUCUAGGGACAUCUUUUGUCGGGUUAUUCGGACUAUGGGUGCUUCUUUUUGCGGGGCCAUCUGUGAUCUCGAAGAAAACUGGAGCUGACAAGCGCACCUCCACAUUCAUAUUCGGGAACAGAAACGCGGCUUCCGCCCGCAAGAAGGAGUGGAGUAAGCAGCAGACAAGGAACAAGCUGGAACAAGACCUCGUAAAACCCAUCAAGUGA